AAAAGCCCUACAUUGGUUGUCUUCGGUAAGCUCCCCAAGGUAGAGAGCGAGGAGGCAGAGAGGGAGAACGGAGGCAGUUUGGCGGGACCGGGCGCAGCUCCUCCAGCUCAGAGCACUUCCAUUGCCAUCACCGCGUGCAGUGCAGGGCAAAGGGGCAGCCAGGAAAUUUGAAACUAAUUUGCUUCCAGUUGACUAGAACAGCAGAUUGUGAAUAAGCUGGCUUCUUUUCUAGCUAACUUUUCUCAAGCAUUAAGCUGAUGAACUGGUAAUUUUCUAUGAUCAAUGGGUAACUGCUGGAGCUACAGUAAUCUCUGUGACCAUGGAGGAAGUACUUUACUCCCACCGAAUGUUAUCAAUGAAUUUCCAGAAUAUGGGACUAUGGAGGAAAGUGGAGAAGGGCUGAGAGUCUCUCUUGAAUUGGAUGCAGACUCACUACCAUGUUGCCAACAAGGGCAGCAGGAGGUCCUGCCUUUUGCUGGUCAGUACUCUGGAAUUGACAGUGUUGUAGAAGGACCAAAAGAUGUCAGCGAGGCCGUCUCUGAAAGUCUGCCCAAGGAACUAAGUUUACAACCCAUUGACUCUUCAACAACAGCUCUGAAAGCCACAGAAACCAGAAGAACUUCAGGUACAUUACAGGCUACUGUACUGAACAAAGAUGCUGUUUCUAGUUUUUCAGUCCAGCCUGUUGAAAAAGAGCCAGAGACUCUCUGUGAGGGAACAGAGAGAGCCAACAAGUGUCUCCCUGUUGUACAGGAAAGAUCAUCACAUACUCCUCUCUCAGCAGAAGUUACGAUCAAGGAGAACUUUAACCUAAAAUUCCAGAAGGAUUUGUCUGCACCAUUAACUAGGGAAGCUCAGGCUAAACUUUUCCAAACAAUUAAUAAUUUGAGAAAAGGGACUCUAAAUGUAAAGGAGCAAGCUUGUCCUUUGUUCUCUGUGGGGAGCCCAACAACACCCCCUAAUUCCACAGGCAGUGUUGGUGUUCUGAGAGAGCGGAGAUCUGAUGUGGAGAGAGACCGCUUAGGAGGAUCUAUGGACCGCUCAUGCCAGGCCAAACAUGUGGAAUUUCAAGGAGUGGAAAUACUGUGGACAGAAGAGAAAAGAGAGGCAUGUCAUUCCGUGAGUCGUGAGACAUUGUUGGAGAAGCCAACUUCUGCUGAAAGUAAAGAGUUUUCCCAGGUGCGAGGCAAUCUCAGACCAUCUUCUGAUUUACAUAAUUUCACUGGUUUAAGUAACAACACUUUGGAUGAACCCUGGAAGGCUCCCUCUGAGAGACCUAGUGCGAACUCGGGCACCAUUUCCCCUGCACCUCUUGUUGAGAAUGGGGAGGAUGAAGUCUUUCUAAAGGAAAAAAAGGAAUAUCUUGAGAAGAAAGCUGAACUGGAUAUUGUCAAGGAGAGGAAUUUUGAGAGAGAGGAACAUUUCAGAGAAGAAAAUGAUGACGUCUUUGGAACAGGUUAUGCAGAGGAUUCCACUGACGUGUACAGCUCCCAGUUUGAGACCAUUUUGGACAACACUUCUUUAUACUACAGUGCUGAGUCCUUGGAGACGUUAUGCUCAGAGCCCGAUAGCUACUUUAGCUUUGAAAUGCCUCUCACUCCAAUGAUACAGCAGCGCAUUAAGGAAGGUGGUCAGUUCCUGGAGAGGGCAUCUGCAGGAGAACAGCAAGAUGUCCUGGGCGUCUCAGCAGAUGGGGGAAUUAUGAUGGGCUAUUCCAGUGGACUCCUUAAUGGGCUGAAUGAUGCUAGCGACUCCAUCUAUGUGAAAAGUAGCCCGGAAAUUGCUUUCUGGGAAAGACCUCGAAGGAAGGAGUAUAUUUUCCGAGUGGAAGUCACAGACUGCAGUGCUGGUGUGAAAACAUCCCUGCUUGAGCCUCAUUCUGAAAUGGGAAGCACUGACAUUCUGGAAAAGGACCCUUCAGGAUGCCUCAGCAAUGGCACCAGCUGCAGUGUGGAAGCAGCCAGAAGGCUGGCCAAACGUCUUUACCAGCUAGACAGGUUUAAAAAGUCGGAUGUUGCAAAGCACCUGGGCAAGAACAAUGAAUUUAGCAAACUUGUUGCAGAAGAGUACCUGAAGUUUUUUGAUUUUACUGGAAUGACGCUGGAUCAGUCUCUCAGGUAUUUCAUUAAAGCAUUUUCUCUUGUGGGAGAAACUCAGGAACGAGAGCGAGUUUUAAUACACUUCUCCAACAGAUUUUUUUAUUGUAAUCCAGAUACCAUUGCUUCACAAGAUGGAGUUCAUUGCCUGACCUGUGCGAUGAUGCUGCUUAAUACAGAUCUCCAUGGCCACAAUAUCGGAAAAAAGAUGACCUGCCAAGAAUUUAUCACAAAUCUUCAAGGAGUAAACGAGGGAGGUGAUUUUUCAAAAGAUCUACUGAAAGCUCUGUAUAACUCAAUCAAGAAUGAGAAGCUGGAAUGGGCAGUAGAUGAUGAAGAUAAAAAAAAAUCACCAGCAGAGGGUACUGAUGAAAAGGCUAAUGGAACACAUCCGAAGACCAUCACUCGUAUUGGGAGUACAACCAACCCCUUCUUGGACAUUCCUCAUGACCCCAAUGCUGCUGUGUACAAGAGUGGGUUCUUGGCUAGGAAAAUCCAUGCGGACAUGGAUGGAAAGAAGACUCCAAGAGGAAAGAGAGGGUGGAAAACCUUUUAUGCUGUGCUGAAAGGAACAGUUUUGUACUUGCAGAAGGAUGAAUUCAAACCAGAAAAAGCACUGGCUGAGGAGGAUCUGAAAAAUGCAGUGAGCGUGCAUCAUGCUCUGGCGUCCAGGGCCACGGACUACGACAAGAAACCCAACGUGCUCAAGCUCAAAACUGCUGACUGGAGGGUCUUGCUUUUUCAGGCCCAGAGUCCCGAGGAAAUGCAAGGAUGGAUAAACAAAAUUAAUUGUGUCGCAGCUGUAUUUUCUGCACCACCUUUUCCAGCAGCCAUUGGAUCUCAGAAGAAAUUUAGUCGUCCUCUUCUGCCUGCAACUACAACAAAAUUAACUCAGGAAGAACAGCUAAAAUCUCAUGAAACCAAGCUAAAACAGAUUGCCACUGAACUGGCUGAGCACCGUUCCUAUCCCCCAGACAAGAAAGUAAAAGCCAAGGAUAUAGAUGAGUACAAAUUGAAAGAUCACUACCUGGAGUUUGAGAAAACCCGCUAUGAAAUGUAUGUCAGCAUUCUCAAGGAAGGAGGCAAGGAGCUCCUGAGUACCAAUGAAAGUGAGACUGCAGGACUGAAGAAGUCACAUUCCAGUCCUUCACUCAACCCAGAUUUAUCCCCAGUCACUGCCAAGGUCAAGCGUAAUGUGUCAGAAAGAAAAGAUCAUCGACCUGAAACACAAAGCAUUAAGCAAAAAGUCACUUAGAAUCCAUUUGUGACCAGGAAGUGCUGGUCAUGGAGCAAAAAGGGUUUUUCAAGGUUUUUCUGGUCGAUCCGUGAAUAUAUUUUAAAAAAUUUCUGUGACUAAAUGGUGCAUUAGUAGCUUCUUCUAUUGUGUAUUUUGUUAGUUUCUGUAGAGAUUGUCUCUUUGCUCUUAAUUUCUUUGCUUUGAUGAUUUUUUCAUUUGGUAAACUAAUGCACCUUUUGUGGUGGGGAGGGAAUUAUGAUUUCAAAAUGAAUUUAUGUAUCCCUUCUCCUUUGGUUCUCCCAUGUUUGCACUCUUCUGAGUUGUUUUAUGUAUUCUUAAAUAAGCUGUUCCUCUUUUUUUGAAGGUUAAAAAGUUGAACUAUUGUGAAACUCUUAACUGGAAAAACUUUCAGUAAAUUUUAGCCAGAGUUAACAUAAACGUUUUUUUGUGGAAUCUUGCCUAGUCACAGAGAUGGAUUGAGCAGUCACAGAAGUUCAGUUAAGAUUACAGUUUGGAAAUCGAGAUGUUCCAAAAUGAUGUAAGCUAGCACUUGUUCAGUUCUCACCCUGCUGGAAGUAGAGAAAGGGAGCAUGAAGGUGGCAGGACUAGAGAACACAAGAAGUAUAUUUAGUUGCAUAAUGUAUUGGUUCCAUUUUAACCACUGAACGAAAGAGGAAAUGGAAUCUUUUUGCCAUUUAUGGUUAAGGAAAAACUGACACAGAGUUUUGUUUUUUUUUUCCCAAAAGGCAGUGGUAAUAAUCAACCCCUGGGAACUGCAACAGUUAAAUGAGUGAGUGAGUGAGUGAGUGAGUGAGUGAGUGAGUGAGUGAGUGAGUGAGUGAGUGAGUGAGUGAGUGAGUGAGUGAGUGAGUGAGUGAGUGGUUUGCAGAAAUUUUUACCUCAUUCCAGGAGUCUACACUAGUCAUCUAGAAUUAUCUCCUUUGUCAGUACUCUGCCCUCUUGGAAAGGCUUCUUUCAAGUAUAUAAAUAUAUAUAAACACUGAUGGAGUUGUGCAUGGGGUAAUCUCUUGAUUAUAACACUAGUUUAGUCUUCCUAACACAAUUAUGUUUAAAACAGUACUCCUUAUAUUCUUUCCUUAAUCAUGACAAAUAAGAUAAGGAAAAGUAUCUGCAGCAGGCCAGCAAUUAAAAGUUAUUUCAGAUAAGUCUGAAAGUAGUAAUCUGAAUGAAUUUAGUUGGAAAAUAGAGAAAUCUAGUUGCACAUGCAAUCAGUGUAUUUCUUUUAUCUGUCUUGAAUUAGUUCAUUCUACUACUUUCUAUUAAAAAUAGUUUAUUCUAGAUAAUUUUUUUUAUCUAAAAUAGUUCAUGCUCUUGUUCCAGUGAUGACCCUUCAAUAUUUAGCGUGGUAGAGGACAUUCUUUUAUAGAAUAGAAAGGGGUGAAAAUUGAGCCCAUUCGGACUUAAUUAUUUUGAAACCUCCUAACUUUGUCUUCUUAAAGUUAUAAUCACUAUAAAUGGUGCAGUCUCUAAACCAAUGGAAUAAUUUUUCAUAUCUUUUCCUCACAUUGAAAUUUGCUCUCUAUUCAGUAUAUUAAAGGUACUAUGGCCAAAGAAUAAGUGAAUGAGAGAAAAUUCAUUAAAUAGUAGUUUCUACUGGUAUAUUGUCCUUAUAUACCAAACUUUAGUUCCAGAAUAAUUUAUUAACAUUUUCUUCCUUCAUCUAUAUAAAUCCCCAUAUUUGCUGGUAUCUGGAAAAGAAUAAGUAAUCUUUAAGGUUAAUACUACCUGGUAGUGAUAAGUGUCUAGCUUAUUUUUAGAAAACUCACACUCUCUUGCUUAGGUAGAGACAAUGACUAAGGUAAUCAAGAAAAAAAAUUAGUUAGCUACCUAUAUGGGCCAUUUCAUCAGGUUCAUUUUUAUAGCUUCCAAAAGAAUUCAAAUUUUCACAAUGGAAUUCUUUUUUCUUUUUAUAAUCUGAAUAAUCAGCCUGCUUAUUUUGUUCCUAGAUACUUAUCCUGAGCAAAAAGGGGAGAUGUGUCCGAACAAUGUCAUAUCUAAACUAUGAUAAUUAAAGAAAAUAGACUUUUAUGACAGGCUUGAAUAUUUUGCCCACGGGGUGUGUGUGUGUAUAUAUAUAUAUAUAUAUAUAUAUCUAGAAUGUCUCUUGUAUUUAAAGUAAGUAGUAAGCAUGGAAUGGUACGUCCUACAUUGUCUGCUAUGUGCAGUUCUGAGAUGCCCCACUUGCCUCGCUGCACCACAGUCCUCUCCUUGUCCUCAGAUUCAUAAAUAUUCCCUUCAGGAAUCUCUGGGUAUGCUGAUAGAUGACAAGUUGAGAAGAGUACGUUGGAAGAUAAAAUGAAUUGUUUGCAUAGUUAUACUUUAAAACAGCUACAAAUUUUAUUUUGUGAAAGAGAAUUAUAGAUUGCCUUGGCAUGAUGUUCAUUGCACCUUAUAGGUCAAGUUUGUGUUAGAACUGGUCCCCUUACUUUGACUUAAUUCUGAGAAACUUGCUCAUAUCAAGGUCAUAGCUUUCAUAAUGAUUUCUGUCCUAUAGAUUCUUGUCAAAAAAGAUAGAAUACAUUUCCUUUCACAGGGAUCCCAGACUGCUUCUUAAUUCAGAGUCCAACGGAGUUUUCCUCCUCUGCUCCUUCUACAGAGACUUUGCCUUCCCCCUUCAUCCUCACCCAGGCCUCAGCACCAGGAGCCUGGGAGUUCUCUCCAUAUGAUUAGUCAUUCUUCAUCUUCACACAAACACAUUUUAGGAUAGAAAAUCUUGAUAUAUAUCAGAAUACCUUGUUUCAGUUAAGUUAUUAUCUUUUUAAAAAUGACCACAUGUGGCAAAUAUUUGAGUAUUUCAGGUUUUCCGUCACCUAGCAUGGUUACUUUGAAACAAAGGUCUCAUAAGCUCCCUGUGAGCAAUCAAAACUUAAUUGCAAGCAUAAAGCAUUCUUACUUUGUUGACAGAUCAUAGACAUUGUUUGACAUAUACUUUUUAAGACAUUUAGCUAGCACUUAAAAACACCCAGUUAGACCUGGAGCAAGAGUCCUUGUCUCACAUUCAGCUGACCGUAGUUCAAUCCCCAGCAUCCCAAAUGAUUCCUUAUGCCUAUCAAUAGUGAUCUUUGAGUGUAGAGCCAGGAUAAGCCUUGAGCACUGCAGGAUAUGGCCAAAUCAAAAAAAAAAUCUAAUAAAACUUUAUACAUUUUUAAUAUAUCUCAGUAAAACUACUUUGUGAGAGAGUCUUCAGGUAUUUCCUGGAUCCUUGGUAAAAAUAGAAAGCACUAUACAAGAACUUCUUGCUUUUCUGAUUAUUAUCCUAUUUCAGAAGAUAAGGACAAUUUUCUAGUCAGAACUGAUAUAAGGAAACUAAUUCCACAAAGGGAAGAUUUAUUGACCUUACAAAACCGCACUGGAAUUCAUAUCUCGAGUUUGUACUUUAUUCUGUGGUCAAAUCCAAAAUUCUGAGGCUACAGAAGAUUUAUGUACCUCAGAGGGAAGGAAACCUUUGCAACCUAAGCACAGAAUUAGUUUUCUGAUUGCCCUGGCCUCCUACGGCAAGCUCUUUUUUGCCAAUGAACUUGCAGCUCAUAGACAAUUUGAAGGAAAUUUGCCUUUAAAGUUUCUCCACUAUCUUAUUACCAAGACUUCUUGGGUUUAGUUCAUUUGUUGUGGGAAUGUGAAUUACUUUGGCAUUUUUCCUGGUAGUCAUUGAAUAUUCUCUUUGAAGGAUAAAUUUAUCUUUACAGGUCCAAAUUUCUGCAGUUAAAUUCUUGAAGACCUCAGGUUUUCAGUAGGUUAGUAGUCACCUUCCUUCAUUUCAGCAGUAAAUAAUCCCUUCAGUUUUCAGGUAACAGUUGUAGAAAGUUUUUAAAUAUUUUUUUGUGAAAUUAACACCCUUCAAAAACAUAAGUAACAUCCUAAAACUUUUGAGAGUCUUUAACUGCGUGUAGCCUUCGGUUUAAAUAGUAUCUGCUUUUCUCACACAGCUUUGUUAUUCUGACAGAAAAAGAUAGUCAGCUUUGUAGACCCAUAAGCCUCUGGGUCCACCUUGCAACAGAGCUUUGAAUUCUUUUCAGUCAGACAACAAGUUGACCUAAGUGAAUAGAUCUCAAUAGUGUUAAUAGAUUGUUAUACUUUACAGCAUAAAGUCAUCUGAAGAAAAUUAGAGAUGAACAUUUCACCACAACAUAAUCUCCCCAAGUAAUCAAGAUGUUCCCUGGCAUGACUUUUCCUCUCAGGUUCUAUUUUAAUGUCUCACUCUAGAAAGAGGACUGAGGUCCAGUCAUUGCCAUCCCUCUUCUAUAACUCUGAUAUCAACCUAAGGGGCACUAUUGCUCAGACCGAUAGUGGACCAUUGCACAAAGAGAGACUGUGUUUGUAGAGAAAUUGUCAAUAAAUACUUGAACCUGCAUGACAGUUUGAAUGAUUUGAAAGUAACAGCAAGAAAUAUUGCAAGCUAAGUACUUUUAUAUCCAGUAGUCUCUUUGGCUCAUCCUUUCUAGCCUACAGGUAUAUGUAUUGUAUCAGGCUGUUGGCCAAUAUUCAUUUAUGUAGUAUUCAAACAUCAAAGAAAAUAUUUUUUUGUCAUCUUCUGUGUAUUUCUGGGUAUUUAUGUAUGUAUCUAUAUGUAUAUGUAUCUAUGUGUAGAUUGUAUAUAAAUAUGUGUAUAUCAAAUUAAGUUUGUUUUUAAUAACAAGUAUGAUAUGAAAAGUAAGUAAAACCCUUAUAGGAUUGAGCUUAUAAUAUAGAUACUGAAAGUAUAUAUAGUGGUACUAUAUGUUGAACUUAAAUUCAAAUGAUAUUUUGAUUAAAUAUUAACAAUAUUUUAUGCUAGAAAUUUCAUCCUUGAAUUUUGAAUCACUAAGGCAAAGUGGAUUCUGAAUUUAUUUUGCAAAACAAUUUCAGUGUACUAUAUAAGAAAUCAAGGGAAUAGCAAAGAAAGAAAAUAAGCCUUUGUGUAGUCUUAUUAUAACUUCAUUAUUAAGAACGCUUAAUAUAAAUUCAAGCUGACAAUUUUGGACUUAUUACAAAAUGUGAUGCUUUAAAGCACACUUUCUUUAUUGUUGUAAUUAGUCCAUAAUCUAGAACUUUCAGGAAAAGUAAAUUAAUACCUAUCAUCAUUGUACCUGUGUCUGUACAGUUCCAGUAGAUCAAACCACUUUUCUAGCACCCUCUUCAUUUUAAAGAAUGACUCUCUCCAUUGUAAAGAAAUUAAAGAUGCUGAAGUUUGUCAGGACUUCCCAAGAUUUUGGGUACUGUAUUCUAAAUUUGUAGUUGCACACAUUAGCAUUUAGGUAAAAGAAUUUACGAACAGAUUGUGAAUUAUGUUAAAGCUUUACUUAAUAUUUUUAUACUUAGGUUUCUUUUCCUGCCUUUCCCCAAAGAAGAGCCACUGGCCUUAGUUGUUUGAGCUUAUUGCUUAUCUUCUAGUGUGUAAAUAGAUAAUUAGAGAUUAAAAUUUUAUUAAACAGCAUGUUGUAUGUAUUUAAAGCAGCAACUGAGUCUGUUUGAGUGAGUGGUAUUUGUUUAAACAUGCUGCCUCAUAUUCUUUGUAUCUAAUGACAGUUGGAGUUGAGUGGGAGACUAAGCUUAGACUUUAGGCUGGAGUGAUGUAUUGGUUGUUAGGCUUGAAAUAUGUUAAUAAUUAACUCUUCAGUCUCAAACUAUUUUUGCAAAUGUGUCAUAUUUUUUCAUUUGUUCUUGACACACUAUGAACUGGCUCUGAUCAGCAAGAUCUUAAUUCUGUAAGAACAUGUUUUCUUCUAAAAAUUGAGUGAUUUUGCAAAACAAUCAUUUGAUUCAGAAAAUACAUAAAAAGAAAAAUUAAAUGUUUUACUUAGGUCCUUAAUUAUUUGAAAUAUUUAUAUUUAUAAAGCCCUGUGGGUUAUAAAUCCAAGCAGCCACUAGACAUGAGUGACAACAACCCUGUGUAUAAUGAUUUUCAAUGUCAUUAAGGGUACGUUUUGGGCUCUAGGAAUAAGAUGAAUAAGAUCAAAUUAAAAUGUGGAGUGAGGGUUGGAAAAGAUGUGAACUAGUUGUCUUUCAUCUGAGGUAGUUAGUUCUUUAUUCCUGAGAAACUCAGAACCAGUUCACUGUCCCCCUUGAAGUGUAAAUAUAAAGGUACUUGUGCCUGGAGCCUCACGUUGGUAAUGUGCACAUGGAUGCAUAGUGAACAUUUUUAAAAUCCAAAUUUAAAGGACAAAAUGCUUAAAUUUCUACAGAAGUGAUGGGCAGUGGAAAUGGGAACUGCAUCCAUGAAUAUUUCCCAAGGGCUAGAGGGAUAUGUGAGCCCUGCGAAACAUAGCCUUUUAAACAAGUCAGUGAGAGAAUGCAUAGCAUGUUCUUUCCAGUGGCCUGCCAAAUAAAUGGCUUCUUAUGCAUUCUUAUGCAUCCUGCGUAUCUGGUUAUUGGAAGUAUCCCCAAAAACUGGUGUAGUUCGAACUGUUGGCAAGGGUGACAUUGCUGCUUACUCUGAAAAAAAUCCCUUUGAGAAAAGAAAACAGAGAUACAAUGAAAAAUGUAGCAUAAGAACACAGUUGUGGAUUAUCCACACCACUCUCUAAUCUGCACCUAGUUUAGGCAGUUUUCCACCAGCAGUCAUAGAUAGGAAGGAAAUGGGAAAGACCUCACUAAAAUGUAUUUCCCUAAACUAAGCUCUCACGAAUGGUGUAAGAACCAAAUUUCCUGAAAAUGUUGCUUAUGGGGUAUUUUGGAGUUUCCCUUAAACUAUGUCCUAGUAGUCUAUAUAGCUGAGUAUUCACACAAUCCCAGGAGAGUUUCAGACACAGAGUUAAGUUAAGGACAGCAUUUGCAGAUUUGAGACUCCUGACUCUGAGGUCUGGAUCCUGGGGCACCCCAGAGACAUAAUGUAUUCUCUCUGCAAACAAGAGCUACUCCCAUUUAGUUCCCCAACUGGGAUUUCUACUGAGUAAUAGAACAUCCUGGAUUACACAUUCUACUUCUAGCACUUGUUAACCAGCUUUCUCAAUCGGUUGACCAUGGUGAGUCAAGGUACCAGCUCAAAAAUACUAACUCUGGCUCUCCUUCAAGCCUGUGCUCUCCAUUAACACAUGUCUCACUUGCUUGUCUCUCUGUACCUUUGCUUGUCGAUUUCCACUCUAGAGAAUCCCUUGUUCUCUUUUGCACACACUCUUCUACCCUAAUAUCUUUCUGAAUAAGUUUUAAUAAAAUUAUUUUGUGGAAGAGAGGGAGGGAGGGUGAGUGGGAGGGAGGAAGGGAGGGAGGGAGGGAGGGAGGGAGGGAGGGAGGGAGGGAGGGAGGGAGGGAGGAAGGAAGGAAGGAAGGAAGGAAGGAAGGAAGGAAGGAAGGAAGGAAGGAAGGAAGGAAGGAAGGAAGGAAGGAAGGAAGGAAGGAAGGAAGGAAGGAGAGAAGAAAGACAGUUCUUUGGUUAACGUAUGACAGUGGAAUUCAGAAAAGUUCCAACAAAGGCUGAAAUCCAAUUUUGCCUUUUCAAGAAGCAAGUUGUAUCACUGAGCUGAAUUCUAUCAUAUAGAUGUAUCAUUGAGCUGAAUUGUAUCCUAAUAGAUGAACCUUUCCUUUAAACCUGAGAUUUCUGGUAAUAGUUGUUCAAUUUUUGUGGGAAGGGUCAAGGAAUACUAAGACCAUCACUUAACCAUUUUUUCUCCAUUCAAAUGUGGCCUUAGAGACAGGCCUUAAUGCCUCUCUACAUUUUUAUUUCUACCUGAAGUUAUAGAAACCCAUUCCAGAAGAGCAGUUUAUAUGAGUAUAAAAUGAGACUAUUUGCCCUGAUUUUGUUGGACAAGCAUAGGGUAGUAGUUUAUGUCUUUUAAACUUAAACAAGGUUCUAAUUUUUCUUAUCUAUUAACUAAAUUAUUUAUUAACUAAAUUGGUUAAUAUUUCUUACCUGUUAACUAAAUUAUGACUCUAACUAGUAAAGUUUCCCUCAUUAAUCAUCUCAUUCUCAUUGCAGUCCAGUUACAAGUUGUGAAUGUUGUUAGUGAUGAAAUAGCAGCCUACUUAUUUUCAGCAGCCAAAUUAUCAGCAUUAGCAGACUUGGGUUAGCUAGUGAUAUCAUAUCAUGUACUAGAAACCUGUUCCACCUGUUCCUUACUAUCACCCACCAAAUUCAAAAAGCCGUCUCCUGAGUGGUAUUUUAGUGGGACAGUAAUGUAUGUUAAUAUGAUUAAAGUGUUUAAAGAAUAUUUUGAAAAUUAAGUUUACAUUAUACAGUUGCUUUAUUUUUAUUAAAAUAAUUGUAUAUAAAUAUUAUCAUAUUUCUUUAUUGAAGUAAACCUAAACUUUGUAGGCCAGUGUGUUGGCUGGUACGUAUAGAUGCUGUAAUAUAAAAAUCGUACGUUUCUUUAUUGUGUAAAUGUUCAUGGAUAUAAUUGUUCCUGUGUUUUUAUAAGUGAGGGAUAAUUUUUUGUUUUGACAACAAAACCUUAUGCAUUUAAGUGGUUUUUAUGUAAUAGAAAUCAUGCAAAAUAGUAAAGGAUUUAAAAUAUGUAUAUGAUAUAUGUACAAACUUUAGGAAGAAAUAAAUCCAAAUUUCAAUCAAUUGGGUAAAUUUUUUUAUUUGUGCAACUAGAAAAAUUUCAUUUCACACCACAGAGACUGGCCCACAUGCAAAAGAACAAAAGCGACUGGUGUUGGCGUGGAUGUGGGGAGAAAGGGACUCUCCUUCACUGCUGAUGGGAAUGCCAACUGGUUCAGCCCUUUUGGAAAACAAUAUGGACAAUUCUCAAAAACUUAGAACUUGAGCUCCCAUUUGACCCAGCAAUAUCACUUCUGGGAAUAUAUCCCGGAGAGGCAAAAAUAUAUAAUAGAAAUGACAUCUGCAUACAUGUUCAUUGCAGCACUGUUUACAAUAGCUAAAAUCUGGGAAAAAACGGAGUGCCUAAAAACAGAUGACUGGUUAAAGAAACUUGUACAUCUACACAGUGGAAUACUCUGCAGCUGUUAGAAAAGAUGGAAUUUGCAUGUAAGUGGAUCAACAUGGAAAGUAUCAUGUUAAGUGAAAUGAGUCAGAGAGAGGCAGACAUAGAAAGAUAACACUCAUCUGUGGAAUAUAAAGUAACAAAAUGGGAGAGUAACACCCAAGAGUAGUAGAGAUAAGGACUAGGAGGUCUGCCCAUUCUCCUACACCAAUGUUUCCAUUAUCCCUCCCACCACCCCCACCCCAUCCCCCACCAUCCCACCCUGCCUUUGUGGCAGGGCAUUCCGUUUGGUUCUCUCUCCUUUUGGGUAUCGUAGUUUGCAAUAGAGAUAUUGAGUGGCCAUCCUGUUCCGUCUGUAGUCUACUUUUGGCAUGCAUCUUUCAACCCGAACAGGUCCUCCCAAGAUCCUCUACUUGGUGUUCCCUUCUCUAUCUCAGCUGCCUUUUCCCCCAGCAUGUGAGCCAGUUUCCAAGCUGUGGGGCAGACCUCCUGGUUCCUUAUCUCUCAAUGAACAUACAAAUGCAGAUGUCAUUUCUACUAUACCUUUUUUGCCUCUCUGGAAUAUAUUCCCAGGAGUGGUAUUGCGCAACUAGAAAAAUGUUUUUAAGUGAAAACAACACAAAAUUACCUCCCUCUUCUUAAAAAGUUGAACACAUGGACUCACAAUGUCCUGCCAAGAAUUAAGGUGAUUACACUCUGAAUGUUUGUGCAAAGAUCUUACUGACAAAAGUUCAGAAGUCUAUUUUCAUCAGGGGUUUUAAACUGGGAGAAAAACUCUUUCAAGUAAAUCCAAGAUACCAUUUGCAUCUGAAAUUUAUUCCUGACAAAUGCUGACCAUUAUUUUAUGGUUCCUUAGUAUAAUUGUUUGUGGCCUCGCAAUCAAGCUUCAUUUUUCAAGAUUCUUUGACCUAUAAAAUGAAAAAUUAGACUAAAAUUUAGAGUUUUGAUCUGGAUAUUGUACAUUGUUGGGUUUGGUUUACUGAGUGGUACAAAUCAAAGGAUAUAUUUCAACCCAGAAGAGCAUUACUAGUGUCCCAGAAAAAGCUUGCGUUGGCCCCAUAUGUACAACAUUUUAAUUAAUAACUGCAAGGUUUAUCUCUAUUCAAGUACCAUGCAGUUUAUUAUAGUUUUUUUUAAAGUUGGGAUCUCAAUGCCUCCCAUGUUCUUUUUUCUUUCUGAAGAAUGCUUUGUCUAUUCAUUUACUAUGGUUCCAUACAAAUUUUGAUAGAGUUUACUCUGUAUCUUGAAAAAAAGUCAUUGAAACUAUAAUGGAUAGUGCAUUGAAUCUAAAUUGUACUUUGGGUAAGAUGGUCAUUUAAGAAACAUUGAUUCUUCCAGUCUAUGAAAAGACAAUGUCUUCCCAUUUUGUGUGUCUUUUAUUUCUCUUAGCAAAGAUUUAUAGUUUUUCCUCUCUAUGUCUUUUAUCUCCCUUGUUAAGUUUAUUUCUAGUUAUUUCAUAUUUUUCAAUUCUGAAGGGGAUAGUCUUUUAAUUUCUUUUUCAGUGGUAUUUCUGUACAGGAAUGCAACUUAUUUUUGUGUAUUAAUUUUACACUUGAUAUCUUAACUAUACUUAUUUAUUAUUUCUGGAAGGUUUUUUGUGGAAUCUUUAGUUUUUUAAUAUAUAGUAUAUAUUAUGCAAAUAGUGUUAAUUUUACUUCAUUUCCAAUUUGUUAUCUUUGAUAGCUUUUACUUGUCUGAUUGCUGUGGUGAGGAUUUCCAAAUAUAUGUUGAAUUAGAGUGGUGACAGUGCACCUUGAAUUGUACCUGAUCUUUGGGAAAAGGUUUUCAGUUUUUCACCAUUGAAUAUGAUGUUGGUUGUGGGUUUGUUGUAGAUAGCAGUUGCUAUCUUGGGGAAUGUUCCUUCUGUACUGUCUGUGGAGAUUUUUAAUCCCGAUAAAGGGAAUGUUGGCUUUAUAUUAAAAAUAUCAUAGAAGCUG